AUGGGCAACGCAAAGAAAACUCGCAAGUUCGGGGCUGUCAAACGAAUAAUUGGGUCUCGCGAUGCGCGACUGAAGAAGAAUCAAGAGAGCGAGAUCGAAAAAAAGAAGGAAGCCAGCGAGAGCACGCAAGCUGUCCGCGAGAUCCCUCAAGUGUCGUCCUCUCUCUUCUUCCAGUACAACACUGCUCUGGUUCCUCCAUAUUCUGUUCUCGUCGAUCGCAAGCUGCCUCUUCUCGAAUCAAUGAUGGACGUACUCUUCGCGAAAUGUAACCCGAUUAUCACAACGUGCGUCCUUGCUGAAUUGGAGAAAUUGGGCCCGCGCUAUCGGAUCGCUCUUCGGAUCGCAAGAGACGAGCGAUGGCAAAGGAUGGCCUGCGAUCAUCGCGGUAACUAUGCCGAUGACUGUCUCGUCGAUAUGGUUACAAAGCAUAAGAUAUAUAUCGUAGCAACGAACGAUCGCGAUCUUAAACGGAGGAUAAGGAAAAUCCCCGGUGUCCCCAUAAUGUCUGUCGCGAGAGGAAAAUAUGUGAUCGAGAGACUUCCCGAUGCACCUGAGUGA